AUGUCUUCUGCCACCACCACCUCUAGCCUUCCACCUUCUUCGCGGUCUCCAUCUCCUGCCCCAAUCACGAACCGCGAUGCCUCCGCUACCGACGAGUCACAUAAUGAGCUAGAUGAGACAGAAAUCAAACGCCGACUGGGAGAAGCUGAGGAGCGCAAGCAAGAGGGUACCGACCACUUUCGCGCACGUCGUUACGCUGAGGCCCUAGUUGCCUAUCAAAGCGCCUUGGGUCUUCUACCCCGACGGCUUGAACAACGCGCGCAGGACAAGGGCAAAGAGCGCGCAGUGAUUGCGCCCGAGACCGAUCCGAGCGACGAGGAUGCCGAAGAAUCAUCUCCCGUCGCUCCACUAUCGCCACUUGAGCAAGAUUGUGCUAAGGCGCGCGCAGUGUUGAAUGCAAACAUCGGAGCCUGUCAUGUAAAACUGGAAGAGUGGUCAGAGGUUGUGACUGCAUGCACCGCAGCAAUCGCAGACGACCCAGCGUAUGCGAAAGCGAUUCAGCGUCGUGCACAAGCGAACGAGAAGAUCGGUUCUUGGUCCGCACUCUCAAGUGCUCAAGAGGACUAUAAUAAACUACUGGAAAUCUGUCCCAAAGGCUCUGCCCAAGCCCGUGAAGUAGAGCGCGCAUUACGCUCGCUCUCGCCUCGCGUAGAAGCCGCCCAGAAACGGGAGGUAGACGAGAUGAUGGGAAAGCUUAAAGGGAUCGGCAAUACAGUACUUGGAAAGUUUGGUCUAUCCACGGACAACUUCAAGUUCGAGCCCAAUGGCCAGGGAGGCUAUUCGAUGAACUUUGUACGGUGA